AUGCAUUUUCACCCGGUACUGGCUCUGUGCCUCGCCACCGCGGCCGGCACGGGCGUCGUGGUGGCACAGUCAUCACCACUGCCGCCACCGCCGCGACUCCCACAGCUGCCACAGCUUCCAAAGCUCCCCCAGGCCGGAGACUUCAAGGCCACGAAUGCCGACUACGGCAUCGACCCCAAGGAGGAGCUGAUCCCGGCGCCGCGGCAGAACCACAAGUCGGCGCCCAAGCGCUUCAUCGUCGAGCUCAAGGAGGGCGCGGACCUCUCGUCGCUGACCUCCAAGACCACGGGCAACGUCAAGGUGCUCAAGGUGUUCAACACGGACGUCUUUCGCGGGGCCGUGGUCGAGACGGACGAGGACAACGUCGACAGCCUGCGCGCCCUGCGCAGCGUCGGCCAGGCCUGGCACAGCAAGCGCAUCAUGCUCGACCCCGUGAUGCCCGAGAUGCUGGUCCGCGGCGGCGCGCAGACGGGCGUCAAGCUCAGCAGGCAGAACCGCGACGAGGGCGUGCGCCAGAUCUCGGUGCACCACAUGACGGGCGUCGACGAGCUGCACGCCAGGGGCAUCUUGGGCAAGGGCGUCAAGGUUGCCGUGGUGGACAGCGGUAUCGAUUAUACGCACCCGGCUCUGGGGGGUGCCUUUGGGGCCGGGAACAAGGUCGUCGGCGGCUACGACCUGAUUGGAGAUACAGACUGGCCGUUUGUGCAAAAGCAGCCCGACGAUGACCCCAUGGACCACCAGGGCCACGGCACGCAUGUUGCUGGUAUCAUCGCCGGCAAGGAUGAACUGAUUACUGGUGUGGCGCCCGAGGCCACGCUGCUGGCGUACAAGGUCUUUGGGGAGAACAAGGGUACGGACGAGGACACACUGAUCGAAGCGUUUCUGCGCGCGUACCAGGACGGCGCCGACGUCAUCACAGCGUCCAUCGGCGGCCUGAACGGCUGGUCGAACAACGCCUGGGCCCUUGUGGCAUCCCGUCUCGUGGAGCGCGGCAUCGUCGUCACCAUCUCUGCUGGCAACGAUGGGCAGGCGGGCCCGUUUGGAGCCAGCAGUGGAGCCACGGGCAUCAACGUCGUCUCGGUGGCAUCGGUGCAGGGCGAUGUGAUUGCCAGCCCUCGGUUCAUAGCCUCGUUUCAGGAUGGCAACAAUGCCACGCAGAGCAGCGAGAAGAUGCCUUACCGGACCAGCGAGACGUGGACGCCAUCCGAGGUGGUCGACUGGCCAUUCCACGCCAUCGGCUUCAACACCAGCGUGGCCGACGAGGCCUGCAACCCGCUCCCCAACAACACCAUGGACCUCUCCCGCGUGGUGGUGCUCGCCCGCCGCGGCACCUGCACCUUUGCGGUCAAGCAGCGGAACCUCGAGGCCAGGGGCGCCAGGCACAUAGUGUUUUACAACAACGAGCAGCCCCUCAUCAUCCCGGGCUCCGACAACCCCAGCAGCGUCAGCAACAUCUCCAUGAUCGCCAGGGAGGACGGCGAGCGCAUCAUCGAGACCAUCCGCGGCGGCGGUCGCGUGCUGGCCAACUUCAACCUGGCCCUGCGCGACAGCAUGGCCGGCAUCCCCUACGCGUACGGCGGCGUGCCCAGCGCCUUCACCAGCAUCGGCUCCACCAACGAGCUGGCCAUCAAGCCCGACGUCGCCGCGCCCGGUGGGCAGAUCUUUUCUACCUUUCUCAAGGGCGGCUACGCCACGCAGUCCGGCACCUCGAUGAGCUGCCCCUACGUCGCCGGCAUCGCUGCGCUGUACAUCAGCAAACACGGCGGCAGGUCGACCCACGGCCCCGGCUUCGCCAAGGAGCUGGCCAUGCGCCUCAUCUCGGCGGGCCAGCCCGUGCCCUGGGACGACGGCACCGAGAGCGGCAGGAACUUUGCGGCGCUGGCCCCCAUCAACCAGGUCGGCACGGGGCUCAUCAACGCGACCAAGGUGCUCGACUACACCAGCGCCCUCUCGCUCUCCCGCUUCGCCCUCAACGACACGAACCACUUUGAGCGCUACCACAAGGUCGACGUGACCAACCGCGGCUCCACGCCCGUCACCUACACCUUCCAGGCGACGCCCUUCUCCGGCAUGGAGACCUUCAACACGGACCCGGCCGUCUUCGGCACGCCCCGCGUGGCCUGGUACGAGGAGGUCAUGGCCAAGGGCCCGCGCCACAUGCCGGCCGAGGUCUCGCUGCCCGAGUCCUUCACGCUGCAGCCGGGCCAGACGCGGACCGCCCAGUUCAACUUUGCCCCGCCGACCGGGCUCGACGCCAGCGUGCUGCCCCUGUACGGCGGCGCCAUCGACGUCCGGUCCUCCGCCGGCGAGGUGCUCUCGGUGCCCUACAUGGGGCUGGCCGCGGACCUGCACCGCGGCGUGGGGCCCAUGUUCAUCGACCCGACCAACAUCACCACGACGCGGCGCGCCACCCCGCUGGCCGCCAAGCCCAACACCACCUUCACGCUCGCGCCGGGCGCCGCGCAGGACUUCCCCGAGGCCUACAUCCGGCUGCAGUUCGCGACGGCCGAGCUGCGCUGGGACGUGUUCGAGCCGGCCUACACGGAGCGCGACUGGGCGUACCCUCCCGUGGUGGGGCAGAACAAGUACGUGGGCAGCGUGGCGUCCCACGCCCAGGCCAGCCGGCAGGGCGGCUUCGACCCCGCCACCAUGAACGCCAGCGACACCGUCAGCCUGCCCAUCCGCUUCGUGCCGCGGUCCGCCGUCGGCACCUACGGCGAGACGUUUUGGUGGCUCGGCAGGCUGGCCAACGGCUCCGCCGUCGCCCCCGGCCAGUACAGGCUGAGGCUGGCCGCCCUGGUGCCCUUUGGCACGCCCGAGAACGCCGACAACUGGGAUGUGUUUGACGCGCCGCUGUUGGAGGUGCUCGAGCCGGGGAAGAACAAGGGUUGA